AUGUCCAACUUUGACCCCAAUGCCAUCUUGCGUGGUGCACAACUCACCGUGGUUGGUGCCUAUCGAGCACUGCAGAACCCCAAACUCUUUACCUCUGAGCACUACAGACAAGCUGCCCUGGCUGUUGCAGCCGGAAUCGCCAUCCGCGUCCUCAUUGCGAUUCCCGCCGUCGGUGUCCGCGUUCUCAUCGCCUUCCUAGGACUGUUUACAGAUUUGAAGAGCUCGGGAUGGGAUAAUGAUAUAAUGGAAGGUCUGGACUUCUUGGAGCAUUCUGUGCUGCAGUUGCCCUUCUUCCUCAUGAGCUUCAUGAGAUACAUCAGUCCUUCUCUAGACAACAUGUUUAUGGAAUCGCUCCGAUGGGUCGACGAGACCUACGUCGCAAAGCACAAGGGUGAAGAUCCCAACCAGCUCCGCGCCAUGUACUAUCCCAACAUGCGUCAAUACACCCACCAUGGCCCUGCUCCCGCUGCAGGUGAGAAGCCUUCGGAGAAUGCCCCCAAGCAAGCUGCCAUCAAAUUCCUGAUGCGCUACGGUCGCAAGGCCGGCAUCUCGUUGGCUGUCUAUCUGCUCUCAUGCCUGCCAUAUAUCGGUCGCUUUGUCUUGCCUGCCGCAAGUUUCUACACUUUCAAUAAACAAGUUGGCCUGCAGCCUGCUCUCAUUAUCUUUGGUAGCUCCGUAUUUCUGCCUAAGCGAUACCUGGUUCAGUUCUUGCAGAGCUACUUUGCUUCCAGAAGUUUGAUGAGAGAAUUGCUUGAGCCCUACUUCUCGCGCAUCCGAUACACCCCUCAGCAAAAGAAGAUCUGGUUUCACGAUCGUGAGGGUGUUCUGUUCGGCUUUGGUGUUGGCUUCUUCGUCUUCCUCAAGAUUCCCCUGCUCGGCGUACUCAUUUACGGCAUCGCUGAGGCUUCUACUGCCUUUUUGAUUACCAAGGUCACCGACCCACCACCACAGCCUGAGGAGUGGACCAAUUUCGCUGAGACUCAAGCUCACUGGCGCAACAAGCACGAGUUCUUGAAGCUUCCUCUAGACAAGCUGGAUGCAUUGAACAUUACCUCUACUAAGGAAGGUGAGAAGCCGGACGCAACUACGAUCAAAGGUCGGCAGUUCACCUAA